UCCUUCCGGUCGCCAUGGCGACGGGGCGCCUGGGGGUCGGAGAGACGCUAGGGGCCCUCAACACGGCCCUGGGGCCUGGCGACCCCGUGUGGUUCAAGGAGACGCGCGCCCGCCACCUGCGUGCCCGAGACUUCCUGGCGCCGCGGCCCGCAUUACAAGCGCGCUUCGGGGACGGACAGGUGCCCGAGCGUGUGGUCCGUGCAGUCGCCGGCCUGCAGGGCCCCGGCGUGGCCCCGGUGCUGCGCUGCGCGCCGACCCCCGCGGGUCUGGCGCUCCAGCUGCAGCGGCCCGCCGUCUUCGAGCGCGUGCUCGGCGCCGUGGCCGCCUAUGUCGCGCCCGCCACGCCCGCCGCGCCGGGCCCGCGCGUCCUACUCCACUGCCCGGCGCUGCGCAGCGCCCCCGGCGCGCUCCGCCUGAGCCAGCUGCGCGCCGUGCUCGUGGCCGAUCAUUUGGCGCGAACUCUGCGCGCUCACGGGGAGAGUGUGCGCCUCGUCCCCGCCGUGCGAGACCCGCACAUGCCGACCUUCCUGCAGCAACUGCGCGUGGACUGGCCCGCUGCUUCGGAGAGAGCCGCCACCGAAGCCCUGAGGAACCGCGCGCUUGCAGAGCUUAGCCCUGCCCAGGAGCGGGGAGCCCUGCCCCGCGGCGUCCUGGGCACAGUGUGCCUGAAGGAGCUGGUGCAAGAACGGGGACGCGCAGCUGGCUAUGACCCCAACCUGGACAAGUGUCUGGUGACUGAGGAUCUGCUCUCGGUGCUAGCCGAGCUGCAGGAGGCUGCGCGCUGCUGGCCAGGGGACAGCCCUCCAUCCCUGGCUGCGGCCCCAGAUGCUAACGCAGACCGCUGCAUGGUUGUGCACGUGGUGAGCUGUGAGGAGGAGUUCCAGCAACAAAAGGUGGACCUGCUUUGGCGGAAGCUGGAUGACCAGGCUCCGCUCACACAGAAGCACCUGGUCUGUGGCCCGGUGAAAGUGGCUGGUGCACCCGGCACCCUCACUGCCCCUGAGUACUACGAGCUCCGGUACGCCCAGGUGUGCAAGGCGUCAGCAGUGAAGCACGGCAGGGACCUGGCACAAGACCCAGCCUGGACAGAGGUCUUCAGCGUUCUCUCCGUGGCGACCGUCAAGUUUGAGAUGCUCAGCACAGCCCCGCACGGUCAGGUGAGCCUGGGUGACCUACAGGAUCAGGGCUUGGACAGCACGUGUGGUGGCUGCAGCUGUGCCCCCAUUCCUCAGCUUCUCCUGGCCCUGGCCGACAGCAGCAUUUCCACAAAGGGCACCAAGAGCGGCACCUUCGUCAUGUAUAACUGUGCCCGUCUUGCCACACUGUUUGAAGGGUACAGGCACAGCAUGGAACAAGGUCUGUACCCCACUUUUCCACCUGUGAGCAGUCUCGAUUUCUCACUGCUACAGGAUGAGGGUGAGUGGCUCCUGCUCUUCAAUGGCAUCCUCCCCUUCCCAGACCUGCUGAGCCAGACAGCAGCCCUGGCAUGCACAGCCCCAGGGCUGCACACGACCGCACGCACAGAGACGAUGUGCAAGUUCCUGGUACAGCUCAGCAUGGAUUUCAGCUCCUACUAUAACCGCAUACACAUCCUAGGAGUAAGUGCACAGCAAAACGGGGUGGGGGGUUGCGGGGGUGCAAGGGAAGCAAAGGACGAGACCAGCAGGCCCUUUCUCUCCAACAGGCGCCUCGACCACACCUGUUUGGUCAAAUGUUUGCCCGUCUCCAGCUUCUGCGGGCCGUGCGUGAAGUGCUUCACACCGGCCUAGCCACGCUGGGCCUCCCUCCGCUGGACCAUAUCUAAGGCCACAGAGACCCCAAUAUCUAGGAAUGUUUACAGAGUCAUCACCUGAAAAGAAGAUACACAGAUUUUGUUAGGGACCUGAAACCAAAAAUAAAUUACUUCUACUAUAAA